AUUUAAUGAAUGAAUAUAUGCACGCUUUGUGUACGUUUCGAUGCAUGAAUAUUCGUCAUAAGGUGUCAGUCAAUUCUUAUAACUUUAUUUGAGGGUCUCCUCCUGCCGACAAGUCUUCAUCGUGGCAGCCCUGGUGUUUAUGCUCACAUUUAUCCCUGUACUGGGAAACGAGAUACCACACAGACUGCAACAUGAACUUCCUGCAGAUGUUUAUUCAGUCGAGUAUAAUCCCAAGCUCGCCCACGAAAACGAACGGGGGAGCAGCGUGGAGCGUUUGCAGCAGGAACUAGCUGAAGACACGCCUGCAGUCGCUGCCGCUGUCGACCCAGCGGUCAGCGGUGAUGCGGUGGGAGGCGAGCGGGCCCCGCAGGGCAGGAGGAAGCGCUUCUGGUCGGCCAGCGAGAGCAGCGAGGAGGAGCCGGCGGACACGAGCGGCUACGCGGCCGCGUUCGACGCGCUGCUCGACUACCACGCCGAGGUGCAGCGCCAGGGGCGGCGCGAGGUCGACAUGCCCGACAUGCGCAAGGAGACAUCCGAGAAGCUGCUCUUCUUCACCGUCACGACGCGCAUGAGCGUCUCCGGCGUGCGCCUGCGCGUGCCCGCCACGCUGCGGCGCGUCUCGCGCGUCACCGCAGAGGUCCUGCUCGGCGGCGACGUCGACAUGUCCUGCAACGUGCGGCUCGGCGACUUCGAGACCUGGGGGCAGUACGACGUCAAGGUGAAUGGUAUCGGCCCGAACGGCGACUUCGAGACGACGAUCCACGACCGCGUAGUGCACGCCACUGUUCGCUUCCGGGAGCUCCCGGAGGCGGCGUCGGCCUCGUCGACGGCGGCAGCUCCCACCGACGCGGCUGCGGAGGCUGUUACGGUGGCGGCGGCGCCGCGCUGCAGCCUGGAGGCGACCGAGCUGACGCUGGUGGAACGCGGCCGCAACGACGUGCCGGCCGUGCUGUCGCGCUGGGCCUCCCAGGUGGAGGACGUGCCCACCACGCUGCGCGUCAUGAAGCAGCUGCUCAACGAGCGCCUCUCCCAGUACCCCUGCGGCGACGCCUUCGUCGCCAUGGUGCGCCGCGGGUACGCCGCACCCUCGUAGCCGACGUUCUUGAAGGGAACCACUCCGGCCAUUUUGGUUCACACUGCCCGGUGGCCUUACACGUCGGGCACCGUGCUGGUCCUGGCUACCAAACUGUUGGAAUACCCAACGACGACAAUAUCUUGAAACCACUGGACGAUGAUGUGCGACAGUCUUAGCACUGAGUGCUGUUUAUUAAGUGAAUUAUGAGUGGGCUGUUAAAGUUUUUCGUGCUUGUCCAAGUCUGAACAACUUCUGAUGGAAGUAUUUCAUUGAACUACAGUUACUUGGAAGCUAGCUUAUUCUGUACAGCGAGAACGUACUGAGUCUGUAUCUGGAACAUGCUCUCUUGAGGCGUGCAACCGAAUUGCGUGUUCACCGAUACUGGUAUGCGCCAGAAUCAGUAUAAGGAUCUUCAGACACGUCUUAGUGCUGCACUUGUGUUGAGAAGUUGAUCGAGACUUUAUUAUUCUCGAAAGGGACCCACAUGCCCUCAAAAACUUUUAUUGUACGUAAUUAAAAAUAGUUAUAACCAUUCUUGUUCUGCAUUGGUUUUUGUUUUCUCAUUGUCAGUCACCUUAAUGAAAGAUGUCAAAUGUUUUGUAAGUGACAGAUAUUUGUUGAAAAAAUAAUAUGUAAUAUAUAUCUAUUUUCUAGUAAGAUUUCAUAAAAUAUUGUAUUGUCAUUAUGUUGUUGUUAGCUGUCAGUGCAUGGCUUUACCGACAGUACAUGGUACUCUAGAUUUCUUUGUCUUGUAAGUUUAUUUAGGUGUCAAUUUCAUUGUCAGUUACUUCUCAUGUGGCCAACUCUACACUGGAUUGCCCCAUACGACUAAUGGGAACUGUCUCUUGAAAUAAAGUUCCCAAUAGUCACAUGGGACAGUCCAAUGUAGAAUUAGCCAUAUGAGAAGUAACUGACGUUGAAAUUGACGCCCAAGAUGCACAUCUGCUAUUUAUUAAUACUCACAAAAAUAUGGAGAUACGCACAUAUUUUUCGAUGUACUCGUUUUCUGCCGAAAAACAAACACCAGAAAA